UCUCAUUAUCAAACAUGAAUAUUCCUCAAAAUCCCAUCUCUUCAUGUUUGUUUGAUGUUUACCAAAAUGAGCUUAUUGGGAUGAAUAAUGAGAUGCAAAUGGAUCAUUUCUUGCAUGACUUUCAUGGGAAAGAUUUAGUUCCUCAAGUGGGACCUUCUAAUGGUGGCAUUAAAGAAAUUAAAAAGGAUAAUAAAGAGAAGAAAAUAAAAAGGCAUAGAUAUGCAUUUCAUACAAGAACACAAGUUGAUAUCCUUGAUGAUGGUUAUCGUUGGAGGAAAUAUGGCCAAAAAGCUGUCAAGAACAAUAAGUUCCCUAGAAGCUACUAUAGAUGCACACAUGGAGGAUGUAACGUAAAGAAGCAAGUUCAAAGACUAACAAAAGAUGAAGAGGUGGUUGUGACUACGUAUGAAGGUGUGCAUACUCACCCAAUUGAGAAGUCUACUGAUAAUUUCGAACACAUUCUUAAGCAAAUGCAUAUUUAUGUUCCUCAUUAAUAUAAUCAACGAACAUACAUGGAUCCAACAACCAUUUUUACAAGGGAACAUAAAAGAAUCCAACAAUCAUAACAUCUGUUUGAAUUGAUUCUGUUAUUGAGUCUAGAAUCAGUUUAAACCUGGUUUAUAUUAUUCUGAUUAAGGUUUCUAUAGGGGCUCUAUAGCUCCCUUAACCUUCUAAUUCUAUUAUGUAUUCC